AUGGCUCAAACUCUGCAUUACUUCAUGCACUUGCCGCAAGCCCUCAGUUGUCUCACUCUAUAUAUCCACCAGCUCGAUGCUGCGGCUUGGAUUGAGAAGAGAGCAUUUGCUCAAAAGCCAUCAUCACCACUUGUAGUCCACAACCAUCACCGUCACAACAAUGUCGAUGACCGUAUACCACCAAUGACGACGACGGUGCGAUUCGACAAUAUCAUUCAAUUAAAGAUUGGCGCACAACGAUGGACAAGCGAAGGAUCGAUUCAGUCUAACAGCGAUGGCCUAACUUACGCUAGCUUCUUGGUGUUGUGCCUCAAACUCGAGUAUUAUAUGGAUGACACCAGUUUCCCUGAAAGCGAAGACAACAUCUAG